ACCUCGAAGCUCCCAGAGCUGCCGCCCAUUUCCUCCCAUCCCUCUUCUUCAACGUCACGUCAACAAGCCAAUACCGCUAGCUGACACGAUCUUCAUCAUGCUUCGCACGACUGUCACCAAGGCGGCCGCCUUCCGUCCCCUUCGCACCGCCACAUUCACCACGACCGCACGCACCAUGGGCGAAGGCGACACUGGUGCCCCCCCAAAGAUGGGCGGCCAAGGCGAUGCCUUCCAGCGCCGCGAGAAGGCCAACGAGGACUACACCAUCCGCCAGCGCGAGAAGGAGAAGCUGUUGAGCCUCAAGAAGAAGCUCGCUGAGCAGCAGCAGCAUCUUGAUCGUCUCUCGGCACACAUCGACGAGAUCACCAAGGACCAGGGCGGUGAGAAGAACUAAGUGGUAUCGACCGGAUUCGGCUUCGGUAGGAGAUCUAUAACCGGCCACCCGUCAAACAUGUAGUAACCAUGUCACUUGUCGACGUCCGUAUUGUGGCUCGGAGCCUACGAUCAUUAGGUCUAGGCUGUUGUACAUUUACAUAGGGCUUGCCUUAAUCGAGUGUAUUACCAACACAACAGC